UGUUCGCCGGAGAUUGUGUUAGGUUCUCGAAGAGUAGGCGAUUCCAGGCGAUUCAGAUACUCCAGAGCAACGAUGGGUAAAGCGGUGUCGAGGUGCUCGAAUGUGAUACAACUCCCUUCUUGUAUUUGGAACAUCACUAGUCUGUGCACAUUUAAUCUUGAUAAUCUCUCCAGUUUGGUUCAUGGAUGCUCAAGUCUUGUGAAGCUUCCUUCUAUUUCAAAUGCUUCCGAUAUUUACGAAUACUCGGGUUUGGUGGAAUCAUCCUCCUCAACUGGGAAUGUAAAUAAACUCAAGAAACUAAUUCUCAAUGGAUGUUCCAGUUUGGUGGAGCUCUCCUUUUUUAUUCAAGAUUUAUCUAAUUUCCAGGAAUUGGAACUUAGAGGAUGCUCUAAUGGGAAUCACAAACAUUCUGAUAAACUGGUUAUUAGAGGUGUUGAUAAUCUUCAAAAACAAAGAAGCCUAAGACUUCUGGAGCCCAACUCAGCUACUGAGAAUCCUACUGUUUCUCUUGAGUUCUUGAAAAACAAGUUCAAUAUCUUCUUUGGGGAUGAAUUUCCCCCUCUCUAUGAAAAGCCUUCCUAA